GCGUAGAAAGCUAUACAAAGCAUUGAUGUGCUGGGGGAAUGGCGGAGCCGCGCAGGGUGCCGUUUGUCAGUCUUUUACCAAUGAAGCCGCGUGAGAGCGCAGGGACUUUGAUAGAACAACAACAGCAGCAGCGGAAUUCCUCGCUCAUAUCUGCAACUCAGCGCUCACAAUCAAUGAGGCCUCCUUUGGCAGGCACACAGCAGCAGUCAAGGCCUCCGCAACAGACACCAACUCAACGACCGCAGCGUGAAGUAGCCGCUUCUUCCUCAAUUGUCGGGGAGGCCGGCUCCUGUCACCCGAUCACCAGUGCAGAGGAAAAUAACCCGAAUGCAGAUGGGACGGUUAGGCUAGAGCUGGCUUUAUCAGACCCCACCGAUGAGAGGUGUCCAGAAUUCAGUUACAGGGAGAUGCUGAAGAAUGAGCAAAGACGGGUUGGAGAUGGCAAUCCAGGACAGAUUUCCGUUCUUUGGUUCUCAUAUAUGCUGAGGAGCAUCCUGUGA